CUUUUAAAGAAAAGACAAUUCAUAUCAACAAUAUUUGUGAAAAAACAAAAGGUGAUAGAGUAAUUGCAAUUCCAGACAACAUGUUUACUUCGAUUGGUCUUAAUAUAGUUAAUCCUUACAAUUUCA